CCUCUUUCAAACUCCCGCUUGUACACCGUCCGGCUCCGUUCGCCAGGAUGUUUUCUCGGUCUUGCCGGAGCGCAGUGUCUACGGUGCAGAGAUGUCUGCGCUUCAAUAGCACCACCUCUGUGCCUCCCCUCGCGAGCGCGUCCUCCGCAACGCCGCCUGCCCCCCACCCAGCAACACUCUCAGAACCUGCGUACGCUUCGACGGUAGUCCACGGCCGGAGCGUGCGACAGCCGCACUACCUCCCCAAAACGCACGGCAUCCCCGCUGCGACGCUGCACUUCCGCUCCUACCACCCGAAGCUGCUCGACUUCUUCGUGCACUUCGCGGGGCACGCCGCGGCCGCGCUCGGGAUCCCCGCCUCGAAGCCCGUGCACCUCCCGACGCAGCGGCGGCUGUGGACGGUGAUCCGGGGCCCGUUCGUGCACAAGAAGUCGCAGGAGAACUUCGAGCGGCGGACGCACAAGCGCGUGAUCAAGGCGUGGGACGCGAACCCGGAGGCGGUCGACAUGCUCGUGCAGUAUCUCGAGAAGCACCUCGCGGCGGGCGUCGGUCUGCGCACGGUGAAGUGGACGCGCGCGCCGGUCGGGGUCGGGCAGAAGACGUUGGAGACGGUGACGGGUCAGUUACGGAUGGACCAGGAGCUGAGGGCGGAGAAGGUGAAGGCGUUGGGUGAGCAGAUCGUCAAAGAGGAGCUUGCAGCUGCAGCUGGUGCGGCGAAGGAGGGUGCGGUCUCAAAGGCGUCCCCGGAGCAGUGAUAAUGCGCUAGACUAUCUCCUCAGUUAUAUACACCCUAUAAUUUCUUUGCUCGGCGAGGUAUCUGUAAUCCUCAUUACUCAUGCACUCAACCUCGAACAUUGC